AUGCCUAUCAAGACAAGGCCACAAGACUGGGGCCGGAUGGGCAUGGCAUGGCCUGCUCCAACUCCAGCUGUCGGCCCUGCCACUGUCUCCUCCGCUCGGCCAUCAGACGUCUGCGUGUGUCAGCUAGAGCGCCUCGACGACCAGCAUGCGGCCAUCCAUGCGCUCCUAGACCCAAAAUUCCGGGUAACCAGAGCACAACGUUCCUGGCCCUGCGCCUUGUGCGCUACGACCGACCGUGGCUGCAGCACCGGUGUUUGCUCCCAGCGAAGCCUCCCUCCGUCUGCCGCCUCCACCUUCCCUCCAAGUCCUGCACUCUCGACUCCCAAAGUCCUGACAGGCUCCGGCCGCCCUUCACUUGGUUACCAGGAUGUCGACACCCGUUCCACAAUCAUGGCCUGCCCACAGGCACAUGGAAGCCUGCAGGAGGACGACCGGCUGUCCCGCAUCUGUAUGUGUCCCGUGAUAUGCUCUGCGGUCAGGCCAUUCCGCGACUCGGAGGGCGGGCUGGAGGCGUUCGAAGUCUGA